AUGUCUUCAUCCGCCGCUCAAGUAUAUGUCACCGACAACUUCGCCGAGCCCAUAAGCGCUCAGCACAACUUUGUCAACAACUUUGACAUCGAUCACCCCGAGGAUGCUAUGUCCGCCUACCAGAGGAUUAUGCACGAGCACACCAAGCGACAGCUCAGCACUGCUACCAACUCUGCACGCCGACGAACAGGCAUGACCCAGUCGACUGAUGCUGAGCGGGCCGAGUCUGUCUCCUCCACCGACUCAUAA